AAUGCAAAAUUAUAAAUAUGGUCAACUUACAAAUUGAGUUGUUGCUUGUUUGUUUUGGAUUUAUAGACCUUACCAUGUUGGAUGCACUGUCUGUUGGAGCCUAGUGGGAUGGUACUGAAGGUUGCUUCAGGCCACAUUGUGAAGGAGAAAUAUUUGAAAGAUGAAAAGUUUUCCAUUAACAUGGAAGAAUACCUACACAAAGAUUAUCGUCGGGUAUAUAUCGAAGAAGCCAAUAUGGAGAAUGCACUGCUCCCGUGUCCCUUAGUCGACGAUUCAUUGAUGACAGUAGGUCAAGCUGUAAAUGGUCAUGUGGCAUGGCCAAAAGACUAUCUUACACCUGUUGGGAAAUAUUUGGUAUGUUUCAAUUUGUUUACUUAACUUAUUGUGUUUAUUAGUUAAUGGCAUUGCUAACUUAUUGUUUUUUUUUUCAUAUAUAUAGACACAAUUACCCACCAAGAAACUUCAGAAGCAACCCGUGAAGAAAAGCUCUGAAGAUUUACUCGGUCCUCCAACACAGCCUCUAAAACACCCUGGGAGGCCGAGUAAGGCAAAAGUUAAUGCAAAGUAUGCCCAACCACGCCAAACUUCUUCCAUUAUUGCAUUUUGGAACUUCGUCAAAAGGUGGCCCAAGUCAUCCAUGCUCAAAUUCCAAGUCCAGAAUGAGCUAUUUGGGGUCGCAGAUGACUCUAUUUGGCUUGCUAAGAGUGACAUUCAAGAAUUGUGCACCAUGCAAUACUUGGGAGCCCAACAAAUAGGAGUUUGGUGCAAGUACCUUAAAGAAAGACUGUUGGACAUGGGUGGGUUGAAUCGAGUCUAUGAAUUUUUGAAUCCGGGUGCGAUUGCCACCGAUGCAGGGGAUGAGAGUAAUCGUUGCCAAGCACUAGUCGCUUGAAUGACUAGGAUGACUAAUUCAGAGAAAUGGCUUAUUGCCCCAUAUAAUAAUAGGAAGAUGUUUCACUGGAUGCUUGUAGUCAUCCAGCCAAGUACGCAGACGGUGGCGUACUUGGAUUCAGGCAACGACGACAUCCCGGAUGAUUUGAACUUUAUUAUAUCCACAUCGUUCACAAUGUAUAACCGAAUGGUACGACGACCUGAUCGACCUACCCAGUGGAUGACUGCUAUUUGUCCUCAACAACCCGAUGACAAACAGUGUGGAUACUACGUCAUGAAAUUCAUUGAAAGUUUCAUGGUCGUAGAAGAUCCAAUACAAUUUUGUUGACCCGACAAGAUAGGUUCUCCACUCCGUACACUAAUGAUGAGAUAAAUAUUAUGCGUGAUCGGUGGAUUCAUUAUGUGAAAGCGGAAGCGGAGCGACAACAGUUACCGUGUUAGACAGUGUGUAUACAUAUACAUAUUUAGAUGACAUUAAUUAGCGUUAGUUCAAUUAUUGUGACUAUACAAAAUUUUAAAUAUAUUUAGACGUUAGUUUAAUUGUUGUCACUAUGCAGAUUUUUACAAAAUUUAAAAAUUAAUGCAGGGAAAAAAAUUACAGAAAAUUUGUUUUUUUUUCCUAUUUUUCAAAUGUACCGACCG